AUGGCGGGCGUCACGUACUUUGAGCGCGAUUUCGACUUUGAAUCACACGCGAGGGAGGUCGAGGCGACGUGGGAUCCCGCCGUGGGCGGCGGACCCGCGCCGAGUCCGUCGGUGACCGCCCUCGACGGAGCCGCGACGGUAGGGCAAGUGGGCACCAAUCGUCGCGGUCCGCCCGGCGAUGAGGACGGCGCGACCCCCACCACGUCCGAGGCGCAGGCGCGCGCGUGGGACGACUUCCACGGCACGCACGACUCCGGGGUGUUCUUCAAGGAGCGACGGUACCUCCUCGCCGAGUUUCCCGCGCUCCUGGACGUGGGUUGUGUCCUGGAGGUGGGAUGCGGCAGCGGAUCUUCCGCGCUGCCGGUGCUCGCCGCCAACCCGAGCGCGACGGUGCUGGCGUGCGACUGGAGCGCCAACGCGGUGCGAUGCGCGGAGAGGGCGGUGGCGUCCAGGGCCCGGGACGACGCGGACCGAUUCGAGGCGUUCGUGUGCGACCCGUCCACGAGCGCCCGAGGUGCCCUCGCGGCGGAGGUUCAUCGACGGCUCGAGCGUCGCGGAGUCCACCGCGGAGGCGUCGACGCGGCGCUCCUCGUCUUCGUCCUGUCCGCCGUGCCGCCCGGGACGCCAACCGUCGCUUUCCUGCGUCGUUGCGUCGAGGCUGUGAGACCCGGCGGGUUGGUGUGCUUCCGCGACUACGGCGCGUACGAUCUUCCGAUGCUCCGGUUCCCGCCGUCGCGGCGAUUGGCGGAUCGAACGUACGCUCGAAUGGACGGAACGCUGGCGCGAUUCUUCACCGUGGACGAGGUGCGGACGAUGUUUCGCGAGGCGGGGGGAUCCUGAUGA